AUGGCGUCCCAUGGGCUAGACGAUGAUGCCCCCACACCAGCAGCAUCUGGGGGAGGAGGAGGAGGAGGUCCAUCAGCCAAGGUCCCCUCCGAGAAGGAGCUCGCCCGCAAAAUCCGGAAGCGCGAGCUCGACCGACGAGCCCAGAGGCAGGCUCGCGAGCGCACCCGCAACCGCAUCGCCGAGCUCGAGGCCCAAGUCAAGGAGCUCCGAAAGGAUGACUCGACGAGGCUGUCGGCCGCCAUGGAGCAGCUAGCCGCCGUCACCCGCGAGCGGGACGGCCUGUUCGAUACCUUCAAGUCCAUCGAGCAGACGAUGCGUGACCGUGUGCUGCCAAGCCGCCCGGCCCCGGCAGCGACGCGGCAACGCUCUCCUACUCCUCCUACCCUCUUGACAACAUCAACAUCCCUGCCGCCAGCAGCAGCAGCAGCAGCUUCUCGGAAUGUGACGAUGCUGACGGAGCUCUCGGCGCCAUCGUACACAGCACCCAUGGGCCUGUUGUCCGACACCCCGGCCGCCCUGGAGGUCCACGGUUUCCACGGUAGAGUCGAUGGUGCCGCUGGGGGUGUCGUCGUCGGCAGGGUGCCGAGCGGGUUUCCGGCGUCGAGCGUACACGCGCCCAGCAUCCACGCAUCCAGCUCCACGUCGGACAGCCAGGACUUUAUCGAAGACGAGGUCAACGACGGGGACGAUGUACCAGACGAUCCCAAUCUCAUCGUGCCGCCGCCCGAAGCGCCCUGCGACUGCGUCACCGCCAGGACGCCGGCGGGACCAGCGCCUCCGAGGGUGAAUGUGUGGCGGGCUGUCAACCAGAUCUUGGCGAAGCGGUGUCACAUAUCAAAGGAAGCUCACAUAGCCGAGGACGCCAACGACGAGGACAUACCCGUGCGGGUAUUGCUGGAGGGGUGGGACGCCGUCGCGACGUCGCGACCGCUGUCCAAGUUGUGGAGGAAGCUCCGGAGGGUCGACGAGUUGUGCUUUCAGACCUGUCCUCCGACUGAACGACUGGCGAUCCUCCGGACGAUGCACCUGCUGCUGCAGUAUCACUCCGAUCCCACUCCAGAACGCUACGUCAAGCUGCCCACUUGGUACCUCAAGAGACCCUCGCAGGCGAUGCCUCACUCUUAUGCCAUUGACUUCUUUGUCUGGCCCGGCGUUCGAGAACGUUUUGUGUUUGGACAACAUCACUACUGCAACAACCAGUUCUGGGAGCUCUUCAGCACCAACUUUCACCUCCUCUGGCCCUUUGAGUUCCGCGACGCGUACAAGAAGAGCGUGAUCACGGGCCAGUACCAAAUGUCGCCCAUGUUUGAGCAGAGGAUAUCGGACAUCAACGCCUGGACCAUGGGCAUGGACUUCUUCAACCAAUUUCCUGAGCUCAUCGCCGACAUGCCGGCCUUCAACUCCGUCGCCCAGACCCUCACGCCGGCCGUCACGUCCCCUCCCCCGACCCACCACCAAGCGCUGCCUCGGCAGGCUUCCCUGUCCCAGCUGAAGGAACGCGACGAGCGUCUGCUGCUCGAGCACCAGGCUUCGGCGGCGGCGGAGGGGCACCAGCCACACCAGCAGCAGGCCAACCAGGACGGCAUGGAUUGUUCGCAGGCUAUGCAGGUCUACCAGCCGAGCAUCUACAGCAUGGCGCCUCCGGGGUUCAUGGACGAGUUCAUCCCGCAAGGCUACGAUGCGCACGGCCCUGCCGGAACGUACGGCUCGAUGCCUGGCUACUUUUGA